GUUAUGCUGUGAAAGUAUACUUUGAUGCAAACAUUGGCGGUAGAUAGCCAUGAACAUGCAGGAAUCUCAGAAAUCGGCAGAAAAUGCUGAAAAAUCUAAACAAAAAUCUUCAUUAGAAUCUCAGGGAAAUUGUUACUGCGGGAAAGACCGAAAUCUGAAUAUAGCGGAGUUGCUAUGUGCUUCCUGCAACCGAUGGUUCCAUGAAUCUUGUAUUGGGUAUCAGCUGGGGAAGCUGGUACCAUUCAUGACCAACUAUUUGUUCAUUUGUAAAAAUUGCUCCCCUACUGGUUUAGAGACUUUCAAGAAGAAUCAGGCUCCAUUUCCGCAAAUGUGCCUUACUGCAAUUGCUAACCUGCGACAGGAGAGUGCUAAGGAAGGCCGGAACAAGAUGCUGUUUAGCAAAGAUCGGGAUAUCAUCCCGUAUAUUGACCAGUACUGGGAGGCCAUGACAACCAUGCCUAGGAGAGUAACCCAAUCUUGGUACGCGACCGUCCAGCGGGCGUUGGUCAAAGACAUCCAAGUUCUGUUCACGUACGAGGACGACGCGGCGGAAGGCCCUAUGUUCGGAUUGUACAACACUGAGCUAACUUCUAUAAAGCCGAAUUACGAAGCGAUGAUUAAACAGGGCCAGUUGAAGGUCACCGAUAUGGGUAUUGCUACAAUACCUCUAGCGGGCAACGUAAAGGGUAGGCAAGGGAAGCGUCGGCCGGCCGUGGGAGGGGCGGCAGACGCUGGGGCGCCUCUAGGGAAGAAGGGCAGGGGGAACGAACUGGGAGCGCUGAAACUACCCUCACAUGGCUAUCCAACAGAACAUCCCUUUAAUAAAGACGGGUACAGAUACAUUCUGGCUGAACCGGACCCACACGCGCCGUUUAGACAAGAAUUUGACGAGAGCAACGAAUGGAGCGGCAAGCCUAUACCCGGCUGGCUGUACCGCUCUCUGUGUCCGGGCGGUGUGUUACUGGCUUUACACGACCGCGCGCCGCAGCUCAAAAUAGCUGAGGAUCGCCUCGCUGUCACUGGAGAGAAGGGUUAUUGCAUGGUGCGGGCUACACAUGGCGUGUCCCGCGGCACGUGGUACUGGGAGGCCAGCGUGGAGGAGGUGCCCGAGGGCGCGGCGGCGCGCCUGGGCUGGGGGCGGCGCUACACCAACCUGCAGGCGCCGCUCGGCUACGACAAGUUCGGGUACUCGUGGCGCAGCCGCAAGGGCACCAGAUUCCACGAGUCCCGCGGGAAGCACUACAGCGCCGGUUACGGCGAGGGAGACACUCUCGGGUUCCUCAUCAUUUUGCCUGACAGCUCGUCCACUAAGUACACGCCCAAUACUUAUAAGGAUCGUCCCCUAGUCAAAUUCAAAAGCCACUUGUAUUACGAAGACAAGGACAACAUACAAGAAUCUCUCAACAAUCUCAAACCACUGCCCGGGAGCAGGAUUUACUUUUUCAAGAACGGAGAGUGUCAGGGGGAGGCCUUCACUGACAUAUAUCAGGGAUGUUAUUACCCCUCCGUAUCGUUGCACAAGAACAUAACUGUCAGUGUCAAUUUUGGACCCAACUUCAAGCAUCCGCCUUCGAGCGAGUUCAAAUAUAGACCCAUGUCAGAAAAGGCAGAGGAAGCGAUAUGCGAACAAACAAUGGCCGACCUGCUGUACCUUACAGAGAACGAAGGGAAACUACGUCUGGACAACUUUAACCUCUGAUACAACUAACACCGUUAGGCGGUGUAUAAACGUGCGAUUGGACUCUGUAUGAGUGAUAUUGUGUGCUGUUCUCUUGUUAUUUUAUUGGUGUAUAAAGUUAUACAUUGUGUUACCUUUAUUAUUUUGUGAACUAUAAACGUGUCGUGUGGAAUAAUGAAAAAAUAUUCACUGUGAUUCGUAAUGCAGUCAUUACAUAAAAAUAUGUCCAUUCCCUGUAGCAUGGCACGCGCGAUGCCGUCUUUAUCGCUCGCUUUCGCUGUCUCGCUUUUUAUUAUGACGUGAACGGGCCAGCGCUAGUUUUUCGUGCGUUGAAAAUGGCGUCACGCGUGUCUUACUAUGAUGGAUGGACGCUAUAUAUAUGAAUAAUGCUGCUAUGGUUGAACCAUCUAUUGUGAAUUGGUCGUCUUUAUCAGAAAUACCUUAACUUCAAUGAAGAAUGUUUGCUGUAAGCUCACAGCUAUAUGUUUAUGAAUGGCUAGACUAGAACUUAAGAAACAAAUAACCAGACUUUAAAUGUAUGUGGAAAUAAUCAGGCCAUGAGUGUCUAGCAAAAUACCUAACCAUUUACUAAGCAUUUGUGCGGUACGUAUAUACAGGGUGUCUGGUAAAUGCAUAUUGAAAGAGUCAGUAUCUGAAAAAUGGGGUUAAAGUGUACCUUAUUAUCCCAUAAAAACAAGGAGUGUGGGUAUCCACGGCAGGUGGCACGAAUUACCAGACACUCUGCUUAUAUUUUUAUCCACACCAUGUACUUCCAGGCAUUUAAGAAUACGACCACUCCAUCUUUCCAUGGAUGUCGUGAAAAGCGGCUAAGGGAAAUGUUACUAAACUUGGGAUUGUUCUUUUAGGCGAUGGGCUAGCAACCUGUAUACAUAUUAAUACUCAUUCAACAUUUACAAAACAGGAAAAUGGCAUUGUGUUAGUGAAAGUGAUUGUGCUUGUUAUAUUUAGAUGUAAGUUCAUAGAGAAGUAUUAAAUUUACAAAUUAGCUCAUUGGCUAAAUGAAAACGUAACUCUUAUAAUGACAAGAAUUAGAUCGUGUUUACACGAACAUCAUACAGUGUAAGCAUCAAAAUGUUUAAAAUAUAUUUCUCAACCCAGUAUUAUUAUAAUACUGUCUUAUCAUGAAAAAGUUUAUAACUUUUCAAAUGACUGUUUACAAAUAGUAUAUAAUAAUUAUAACUUAUGUAUUUACGCUACGUCUCCACGUGGAAAAUAUUCCACCAGCUAUUAACCCUUUGACCGCCGUGGACACCUUUAGGCGUCCAGCGGAAACUGUCUUGAGACGCCGACGACUUCUUAAGUAGCCGAGAUUCGUAUCACAUUCAAACAAAAAAAAACUUUACUUUAAUACUAAUCUUAUUGAAAUAAUAUCGAUAGGUAGCUUGAUUAUUCGUCAAACUUUGGUUUAACCGAGGCGGAAUGAAGAAAAAAUAUAAAAACACCCAUUUAAAGCUUAAUUUACAAUUACCUAAAAUUUAAUGAAAAUACACUAUCAAGUAGCGCCAACGACACCUUUAAGUGUCGCGUAGUGAUGGGAAAUUGUAGUUUUUUUACAAGUACCUACAUUUAAUGUUCCUUAUGUUAUUGUAGUGGGUAUUCAUUGAAGCAUGUUUCUAUUGCUCUCAGUUAUAUGAGAUCUGAACUAGUCGUAGUACUGUCAUUGCCUAAAUAUGGAAGAAGAGAGGCCAUCUUCGCCGUCGAUAUUAUUCGGAUUCUCAAGUCGUAAAAGAAAGUAUAGAGAAACAGAAAAUUCUAAUAAUAAGCAGACACAAACAGAAUACACUAUUACAGACACUAUGGUGUACAGAAAAACUACAAAAGAAGGAAAUAUUUCUUAUUCUACUCGUCAUUUGCCCGAUGUUAAUUUCGACGAUAGAAGACCGUCCGAUAAAAGGAAUGAAGACUUUGCAAGGUUGGUGGCUUUUGAAUUAGAGCGUUUGCCGGAAAACAAACGUUCAAAUGCAUAUCCGCAAAUUUUAAAUCUUAUAAGAUUGUUGAGAGGGGACCCUGAUUUGGACCAAGUCAUAGAAUUUGUACCAAUCCAAAGUGAAAGUGAAGGAGAAGAAACGGAAGAAGAACAAUCAAUACCACUCAAUAUAGCUCUGUAAUAAUUGUUAAUCGUCGGUAAUAAAUAAAUAUUAAUGUUGUUGAAGUUUCGUAUACAAGAGUGUUUAUAUUAAUUAAUAUUAUUAUAUAUAAUAAUAAAUAAUAAUAUAUUAAUUUCCUAAACCUCUAAAUAUUUAGCAUCAUAAAUAAUUAUUAAGUAACGAAAUUAUUCAUCUUUUUCGUAAAAUCUCAAUAUUAUAAUUAUAUACCUUCAUUUUAUCGAUAAAAAUUACGGACGUUUCUAGAUAAUUUUACAAUUAACGUCCCCUAUACGCCACGGACACCUUUAGGCGCCCGCUUGUGACGUCAGAAGCGAAAGCAAUUUAUCGACUAGUGCUUGCAAGAUGUGGGUAGAAAAAUAAAUAAAAUAUAUCGAAAUACCCGUGAAUCAUUUGUUGGUUUAUAUUCAUAUUGUAUGUAGCAUUUCCUGUGGAUAAAAUUAACUUUACGAUGGAAAAUGACGAUCUUAUUGCAAUUCUGGAAGGAGUGGAGAAUGUCGAACAAUUUAUUGCUAUUUCUGAUGAAGAUUCAGAUCUAUCAGAUUUUGAGGUAAGUUUCAGUAAUUACUUACACUCGUAUUCAUAAAACUUGUCAAAUGUUUAAUAAGCCUUCUUUAGCUAAAGUAUGUUUUGUCCUUACCUCACAUUUAAAAAUUUUACGUUGAAAGAAAGUGACAAAACGUACUUUAGUUAAAAUAGGCUUAUUAAACGUUUGAUAAUUUUAUUGAAUAAGGAGGUUAUAAAUUAAUAGCUACAUAUAUGACUAUUACUUUUUUCAUUAUACCUACUUAAUGUAGAAGUGUUUUUUAGGACCCGACUACUGAGGAAAGUCAAAACAUUUCUGCUGGAGAAUAUAGUUUUCAAUGGUCGUCCGAAGCCUUCGAAAUUAAAAACGAGCCGUUUGAUGAUUUUUUUAGCGGUAUUUCGCCGUCAAUGAUUUCGUCGGUCUCAUCAGAAUUGGAUAUUUUUUUACAUUAUUGCAAUGAAGCUUAUGUAGAAAAAAUUGUUGAAUUUACUAAUAGUUACCAGCAAUAUGUUGUUAGACAUAUUGAUAUAAAACUUCAUUCAAGAUUAAAAAAUUGGUAUCCUGUAACAGUUCCUGAAAUGUAUACAUUUUUCGCUGUGUGUAUGCUAAUGACAAGAAACAGCCGGAAUACGAUUGAAGAACACUGGUCUACUAACCCAUACUUGCAUUCCGGCAUAUAUGGUAGUCUUAUGUCGAGAAACCGGUUUUGUACAAUUUUAGGCAUGUUGCAUUUCUGCCAACCAGGCCCUAGGACUGAGGAAGAAACUAUAUUGUCAAAAAUUAUUUACCCAGUAAAUCAUGCUCGUCAGACAUUUAAGAAUAGUUUUAUACCAUACGAAAAAAUUUGCAUUGACGAAAGUAUUGUACCAUUUAAAGGGCGACUUCUUAUUAAACAGUAUCUUCAAAAAAAAAAGAAAUCGUUUUGGUAUCAAGCUCUUCGUUUUAUGUGAUGUGUUGUCGGGAAUAAUUUUGGAUUUUAUUGUAUACUGCGGCAAAGACACGGAAUUAACACAUUUUGAUAAUUUAGGCGCAAGUGGCUCAGUAGUUGCAACACUUCUAGAAGAAUACUACGGUGUUAAUAGGAAAUUUACCGCUAUCAUAAUUUUAUCGUGCUCGUGGACAACACUAUCGAUUUAAUAAAUUAUCUCCGAAAAGAUACACCACUGACGCCACGGACGACUAAAGGAGUCGCCUAGUGAUGUGAAAAAUCGAUGUCAUUGAAAUCAUUUAAAAGGUUUUUUUUAUGUGUUUAUAUAUUUGAAUUGCAUUAUUUUUGGUUAAAAUCAAGUAAUAUGUAUUGUUUGAUGUUUAUGUGUGGUAACGGGAAAAAUUAAACAAGGAAUAAAUAAGGUUCGUUUUUUUUUUAAUAUUUUUUCGAUAACUAUUUACCCAACCCUAUCCUCAAAGUGCCGCCGUUUUCGCAAAAAGUACCCGUGGCGUCGGUGACACGUUUGUCGGUUUUGCUUAUGGCGGUCAAUGGGUUAACAAUAAGUAUUAUGAAAUGGAAAAUGUAUAAUAUGGCGAUAAAUGAUACGUAUGUGUGUGUAAAUGUUAGGUGAAAAGCUGUAUUAUCAUGUUUUGUAUUAAUUAAAAAUUGUUUAUGUAAUGAA